AUGUCUGGACGUGCUUCGCAUCACAAGAAGGAUCGCCGCGAUCUUCCUGAUCGUCGUCUUCCUCAGACCCCUUCUCGCAACAGCUAUGUCCCGGAAGUGAGCUCUCGCCUUCAGCAGUCGUGGGUUCCGUCUUCGAACACCUCAAACCGCUCUGCUUCCCCUUAUGACAGCUUCGGUAACGAAUACACUCCUAACAGCCAGACUUCUACUAAUUCUCGACCAGGUCAGUCAACCCGCGCUCAGGGUCAUCUGCAUCUUCGCGGUUAUGAAUCUCCCAACUCUUCGCCCGCUGGUCCGUCUCAGCCUCACACCCCCCUACACCUUCGGGGUUCUCAUCCCGGGUUCAACCCUCAGGCCGUGGAGUUCUCUCCCAGUCCUCCUCGGUCAGCCUACGCGCAGCCCGCUUCCUAUGACAAUUCCCCUGAGGCCCAGCGCGCCAACCGACUUAGUCACAUCAACCAGAUGGAGGACUUCCGUGACCGCGAGGAGGCUAUGAACGAUUUCAUUUUCGACCAGGCCACUCCUUGCACCCGUGAGGACUUGGCUCGUGAGAAGGAGGAGUUGGAGUUGCAGAGACGCAAGGAGCAGUUUGAGAAGUACCGAAAGAGUAAGCGCGACGAGUGA